GUAAAAAGAAUAGCUUUUUGUUCCAUUGGCAAAGUAUUACAAGCAGCUUCCAGUUAUGAUCCUUUUAACUUUGUUUAACCUUUUUCUUCUUCUUCAUGUCUCUAAAGCGACAGACUGUGUUAAGCGCACCUAUUCAGGUGACACUUUCGUUUGUGUCUGUGAUGCCAAGCAAUGUGACACUUUGAAUGUUGAGGACAAAAUUGAGCCAAAUGUGGUUCACAUUUACGACACUGACCAAAAGUCAUCUCGUCUUGAGAAAAGUGAAACUCCAGUCGACAGUAUAAAGGCUAAAUCUUACAGUUCCAAUCAGUUUGUCCUUAAUGUUGACACUAGCGAUUUGAAGCAAAAAAUUCUUGGCUUCGGUGGUUGCUUUACGGAUGGAGCAGUUAUUAACAUCAACACUCUUUCAGAAGAUCUGGUCAAACAGUUUAUGAAUGACUAUUUCAGCAAAACUGGUCUACAAUACAACAUUGGACGAGUUCCUAUCGGAGGUUCAGAUUCAUCAGUUCGAGCCUACUCUCUGGAUGACACAGAAUUUGACUUUGAUCUGUCACAUUUUGCUCUCGCAGAGGAAGACACUAAAUACAGGUUGCCCAUGUUGAAGUUGGCUCAGCAAAUUAAUCCGGAAUUCCGAGCCUUCGGUUCUGCUUGGUCAGCACCAGCCUGGAUGAAAGUAAAUCACGCAUUGAAUGGAGCCGGUGGCUUGAUUUGGACUCCUGGGGAUGUUUAUUAUAAACUGUGGGCCAAAUAUUAUGUAAAAUAUUUGAAUGCCUAUCUGAAUGAAGGAUUCAAAUUCUGGGGAUUGACCACUGAAAAUGAGCCUGCCGAAGGUUUCAGACAAGGUUAUGCCUGGAAUGCCUUGGCAAUGACUCCUGAAGAGAUAAGAGACUUUGUGAAACUUGACCUGGGUCCAGCUCUUGUUGCUGCUGGUUGGGGUAAAGAAAACCUCACUUUGAUGAUCAACGAUGACAACACCAAUGAUAUUGAAAGUUACUCUUCAGUUUUGUUGAAUGAUGCUGAAGCUGCAAAAUACGUUUCCGGUAUCGCAUAUCAUUGGUACUCUCGAAACUAUCCAUCUUCAUACCAAAUCUUAUCCAAAGUUCAUGAUCAAUAUCCAAACUACUUUUUAUUUUCCUCUGAAGCGGGUGAAUUCGGUGUUGCUUCACAAUUUUUAGGAACUUGGAAUCGAGCUGAAGAUUAUGCCAUUGAUAUAUUAGAAGGUCUUCAGCAUUGGUCAACUGGUUGGACUGACUGGGCUUUAGCAGUGAACACUGCUGGUGGACCAAAUUGGGCUAAGAACUGGGUGGACGCAACCAUUGUUAUAAACGCAACAGCACAAGAGUAUUACAAGAACCCAAUGUACUACGUAUUAGCCCAUUUCACCAAAUUUUUGCCCAUUGGAUCAACUCGAGUUGGUUGCAGUGUUGAAAAUGCACCGGCCAAUGUUCACACCACUUCAUUCAUUACACCAGACAAUAAACUGGUCCUGAUCCUCAUCAACACAAAUAAUGAUCAUGUUGAUCUGACAAUCAAUGGCUUUGCUAAAGUUGCAGUUGCUACGACGCUCAAGCCUCGAUCCAUCCGUAACAUGGUUAUUGCUUUGUAACAUUUAUUCAAUAAAAUUGUUUAAGCAUCAAAGGAGAAUGUAGAUUGCUAUAAGUGACAAUUAUCCUUCUGUCAAAACAAAUUACAAGUUUUAGCCGUAAUUUUAUUAUAAUAUCCUUUACUUUGUCAGUAAAAGCACUACAUUGCAGCAAAUUGAUAGCAAAUAAAUCAAACAAUGAAACAUAAA